UUACGAUUCCGAGGCAGCCUACCUUCCAUUCAAAGAUGGCGGUUACGCAAUUUCAGGUGCUCAAUGGACAUGUUGCAACAAAUAUCCAUCAGAAAUGACAGAUGUCAGGGUUCAGGUGUGGACACCAUGGUCUCCCAAUGCUGCACAGGCCCCCCUCACAGAGGCAGGAGAAGAGCUGAAUACUGCGCUGGAGUCCGGGAGACGUCUCAUUGAUGCGAGGAUUCCCCCUGUUUGCUACUGGAGAGGAAACGUGCUGACAGUGUUUUAACCAACACAGGGAAUUAACUUUUAAACACAGAGGAGACAUUGGAAGCUGAAGGACAGGGUGAACUGACACCGUCGUUUGAGGAUGUGUGGAGGAUCAUGCAGUCUGUGAAAGAUGACACCGUCCUGAUGAUGAGAAGCUGGUGAUGCUGCUGCUUAACUACAGUUGAAUCAUGGGAAAUGUGGAGAGUCAGAAUGGGGACAGUGGUUUGUAUGGCGAUGUGACAGGACAUCUCUCCCGUAAACACACGUCCCGGUCACUCCGUCUUUCCAACAAGCAGCAAAUCACCCGACGCUCCCGACACUCCUCUUCAGUGAAACAGGAGCACAGAAACUCUGAGGCCUCAACCCGCUCCUCCAGCACCCCGAGCAUCCCACAAUCCUUAGCAGAGAACGGACUGGAGCCUUUCAACGCUGCAGAUGAGUUUGGAGAGUUCGGCAUCAACCCCCACUGGACUCAACGCGUGGCUAUGACCAUGAGGCCGGAGUCUUAUCAGAACGAUGACGACCCUUUGGCCACGCCCACUCCUGAAACCUCCGAAGCCGACACGGUCGCUCAUGAUGGAGGAGAGGACUCUAUGGGGGAGGGGGAGGGGGAUAUGAUCGGAGAGGAGAGGUACCUUCAGCGAAUGACAGAAGGUCCCCGGGAGGGAGGGAGUUUUAAAAAGAAGAGGUCAAAGUCUGCAGACAUGUGGAGGGAGGACAGCCUGGAGUUCUCUAUGUCUGAUCUGAGCCAGGAGCAUCUGACCAGCACGGAGGAAAUGAUCGAUGGAGGAGAGGAAGAGGAGGAGGAGCAGUUUACUCGCCCUCGAGGCAGCGCAGGCGCUGCUGAAAGGGCAUCAUCUCUGGACCAUCUGUGCAGCCAGCAGAGUCCUGGCCUCAGGGGGCAGAGGAGCCGCUUCUCUAAAAACCGCAGAGAGGCAGAGUGCGACGGAGACGGAGAGGGGGAGGAGGGGUUGAUGUCUCCGACUGAGGAGGACGGCGGCGGGUACGGAGCAUUCACACUCCCCUGCAGACGCUCACACUGCCUGUCUGAAGGCUUGGCAGGACUGGGCAUCCCGGCUGCACCGCGCCCGGCUUUCCAAGGGCGGCGUGCACAAACUACUCAGGACAUCUCAGGUGUUCUGGGUGAGGGCAGUGAGUAUGGCGACAGUGGCAUCGACGGUGUCACCACAGAGAUGGAUGGAGAUGGAGAGUUGGUGUCACGGCGCUGCAAGGCCAUGUCCGCCUCUUUCUCCGUGUACUCCGCUACCGAGAGCAGCGUUUUCAACGGGAGUGACAGCGGGAGCAGCAGCGCAGGAGGAGAAGGACGAGGCAACGAGGGAGUCAGGGGGGGAGUGUAUGAAAACUUCCGGAAGGAACUGGACAAUCAAGCCUGGACGCAUCAGGUUCGGGACUUCACAGAGGAGGCUGGCUCGGCUGUGAGUGACGAGCAAAGCAGUGGGACCCUCAGCAGUGCUUAUCCAUCGGACUCUCUGAUUGGCUGUGCUCAGGGGAUAGUCAGGAAAGCAGGAGCCCUGGCUGUGAAGAACUUCUUGGUUCAUAAGAAGAACAAGAAGGUGGAACCUGCAACGAAGCGCAAGUGGAAACACUACUGGGUGUCUCUGAAAGGCUGCACUCUCUUCCUGUACGAGUCAGACUGUCGCUCUGGGAUCGACCACAACAGCGUUCCUAAACAUGCACUGUGGGUGGAGAACAGCAUUGUCCAGGCCGUACCUGAACACCCUAAGAAGGACUUUGUCUUCUGCCUCAGCAACUCAGUGGGAGAUGCUUUUCUUUUCCAGACGUCAGGCCAGACCGAACUGGAGAACUGGAUCACAGCCAUCCACUCCGCAUGUGCCACCGCUCUGGCUCGGCAGCAUCACAGGGAGGACACAGUGCGACUCCUGCGAACUGAGAUCCGCAAGCUUGAGCAGAAGAUCGACAUGGACGAGAAGAUGAAGAAGAUGGGAGACAUGCAGCUGUCUACUGUCACUGACGGCAAGAAGAGGAAGACCAUUCUGGAGCAGAUCUUCCUGUGGGAGCAGAACUUGGAGCGGUUUCACAUAGAUCUGUUCCGCUGUCGAUGCUACCUGGCCAGUCUGCAGGGCGGCGAACCUCCGAACCCCAAACGCCUGCUGGGUUUCGCUUCCCGUCCCACGAAGCUGGCCAUGGGACGACUGGGCAUCUUCUCUGUGUCUUCCUUCCAUGCAUUGGUGUCAGCACGAACAGAAAGCAACCUCAGGAAGCGAAACCAGGCCGUGCCUCGGACUUUCAGUAAACGCAGGAGCCGGUUCUCCUCCCUGUGGGGGCUCGACACCACCUCAAAGAGGAAGACAGCGGGACAUCCUUCAAUCAACCAGGUGUUUGUUGAUGGGAUGGAGCAAACAAGGAAGCCUCUGGAGCGCAUGUUUGAAGACUCUACCAGUGAGAAAUCUAAAGAGAGAGAGGACUCAGUGAAAAGUCUUUCUCAGCAAAACGUAGAGAGCGACAUCUGGGUUCCUGAUUACCUGACUCCCUCCUGGGUGUGUCUGCCAAACAAUCAACCUGUCCUGGCCAUCGUACAGCCUGGAGAGACGACACUGGAGGUCCUGUGCGCCGUCUGCAAGACUCACAACAUAGAUCCCUCGGGCCACUACCUGCGUUUGAAGGUGUGGAUGGACAACCAGACGCUGUUUUAUGUUCCCAAACUCGAGGAGGAAAUCUCUGAUCUGCUCUACAAAGAGAUUGAGAUUUGCCCCAAGGUCACAAAGGUGAUCCGCUUCGACAAAGCUGAGUCGUCCACCAUCGGAUACGGUUUUUCUGUGGCAGUUGUAGACGAGGACGGGAUGCAGCAGCUCCAUAUAACUGAAGUGAAAGCAGAGGGGCUGGCCUCAGCUAAAGGUUUGAAAGCUGAAGAUGAGAUCCUUCUGCUGAAUGGCAAACCUGCAUCUGCACUCCAAAUGGAAGACAUGAGGGCUGCGUUUGUCAACCAAGCGCUGACGUUAAGCAUUAGCACCCUGCCCCAGCUGGACUCUCGGUUGCUGUGCUUGAGUCCACCUAGACGUUCGGACGGGGACCAAGACCAGACCACAGACAUCUUCUCCCAGAGCCAAGAGGACAUCCUGGAUGAGGUGUCGGGUUUAACAGUGAGCACCCCGGAUGAUAGUUUGGAUGACGGACCUCGGCUGACCCUGCAGAGCCCUGGAGCGCAUCAGGAAGAUAAAACCUUCAUGGGGAUUGGACAGAAGAGCGCAGAGCAUGUCACUGCUUUCUGCCGCAGCCUCCAUGACAUGAACUCCCUGGACUGCCCUAUGUCAUCCUCCUCAUCAUCGUCUUCAUCGUCCCUCUCCCCGAGCCCUGUGUCGGCUCUACCGCCUGCAGCAGCGACCGCCACGCAGAGACAGCUCUCCCAUGCAGACAAACUCCGCAAAGUCAUCAAUGAGUUGGUGGAUACGGAGAAGACUUAUGUCAAGGACCUGAGGUGCCUCAUCGAGUGCUACCUGACGCCUUUGCAGAAGGAGAGCUUCCUGACGCAGGAUGAGCUUGACGUUUUGUUUGGUAACCUUGGAGAGAUGGUGGAGUUCCAGGUGGAGUUUCUGCGAACGCUUGAAGAUGGGAUCAGACUGGUGCCAAAUCUGGAGCGUCUGGAGAGGGUGGAGCAGUUUAAGAAAGUGCUCUUCUCUUUGGGGGGAUCAUUCCUGUAUUAUGCAGACCGCUUCAAGAUCUACAGCGCCUUCUGUGCCAGCCACACUAAAGUCCCAAAGGUGCUGGCUAAAGCAAAGACGGAUCCAGAUUUCAAGGCUUUCCUGGCGGUGAGAAACCCCCGACAGCAGCAUUCAUCCACCCUGGAGUCAUACCUGAUCAAACCCAUCCAGAGGGUCCUGAAGUAUCCACUGCUGCUGAGGGAGCUCUACUCCCUCACUGACCCUGACAGUGAGGAGCACUACCACUUGGACGUCGCGAUGAAGGCCAUGAACAAAGUUGCGAGUCACAUCAACGAGAUGCAGAAGCUUCAUGAGGAGUACGGAGCGGUUUUUGAUCAGCUGAUCAAUGAGCAGACUGCAGCUAAAAAAGAGGUGGCUGACCUCUCAAUGGGAGAUCUUCUGCUGCAUACUACUGUGAUGUGGCUCAACCCUCCAGGUUCUUUGGUCAAGAGCAAGAAGGACCCUGAUCUGGCUGCUUUUGUGUUCAAAACAGCCGUCGUCUUUGUGUACAAAGACAGCUCCAAGCACAGGAAGAAGAUUGGUGCGUCUCACCGUACAUCUGUGAGUGAUGACAGAGAUCCUUUCCGUUUCCGCCACAUGAUUGCAACAGACUCUCUCCAAGUCCGCGCCCUUGCAAACUCCGAGGGCACAGCUGUGUGUGAGAUAGUUCACACAAGAUCUGAAUCAGAAGGGAGGCCAGAGAGAAACUUCCAGCUGUGCUGCAGUUCUCCAGACAGUAAGAAGGACUUCCUGAAAGCAGUCCACUCCAUCCUAAGGGAGAAGCAGAGGCGCCAGCUUCUUAAGACCGAGUCUCUGCCCCCAAACCAGCAGUAUGUUCCCUUUGGGGGCAAACGUCUGUGCGCUCUUAAAGGGGCACGUCCUGCCAUGAACAGAGCAGUAUCGGCUCCAUCACGAACCCUGGCCCGCAGGAAGCUUGUGAGGAAUCGCUUCACAAUCAAUACUGACCUGGUUUUCCAUGGCAACAACAACAGCAGCAGUGAUUCGGACCCUUCCUCGCACUCACCGCUAUCCCAGCAUGCUCUCCUUCAACCCCUCAAGCCUCAGGGGGAGGACACAGACCGCUGGGUGGAGGAGCAGUUUGACCUUGCCCGCUACGAAGACCAGGGAGAGGGCAUUGACUUGGCGCAGGUGAAGGAGACGGACAUUUUGAGCGACGAUGAUGAGUACUGCAAGUCGGUCAGAGCCGCGUCUGCAGAACCUCCCAACCUGGAGGGGAAGAUGCGAGGACUCAACUUGAACGGAGGAGUAGAAACUCAUAGUGACAUCAUGCAGAGCAGGAUGCAAGAGGGUGAAGUUAAUCAAAUGAAGCACGGUGAUGACUCUGGCUCAGUAGACUCCUUCACCUCCUGCGGUGUCUCUCUUUCACGCUGUACGACCCCGACUGUAAAGCUCGCCCCCUUGAAGCAGUGCGCUGUGGAGGGGGCCACGAAUAGGGAACGUGACGUGAUCUGGGUGAGGCGGGAGGACUUUGCGAACGGGUGCAACAGCGACGUCUUCUGAUUGGAGGAAAACAGGAGACGGAAGGAGAUGAUUUUGGUUCUUUGAGAGCGAGGAAACGGAAGAGAUUAGACAUAAGCUUUAAAUAUGUGAAACUUUGGAGGAGAGAACGUGUACAAAAGGCGAUAUAAAACCUUGAACAGUCCUUCCUGCAUCCAAACACAGCCCUCUCCCUCCUGGCUCUCCUGCUUCUCCCUUCCUAUGACAAUCCUAAAGUACUUAAGCUUCAUUAGUUGAGACUUUGAGGUUCUCCUGCAGAACAGUUAAAGAUAUAAGGUCCUCACUGUUACAUACAAGCAACCAGGCGUUCGUCACUCACCUGUGGAAUUGUAUUUUUAUGAACAAUACAGCACUGCAUGUACACGCAAAUAAACAAGCAAGUGCAUAUAGUACACAGAAGCACCGACACAGAGACUCUGGGCAGCUACUGUAACCGUGCACGCGCUGAGCUGAAGCAACGUCCUCACUGAACUGUGACCAUGUGGCCAAAAAAAUGUCUAUUUUUCAACACAGGAAUGUGGCUGUUCUAUAUUUUCCAAUGUUUGUAUUUUACCACUCAAAGGGCUGUGUGUUACUGAACUUCUCUUCAGGGGCUUUUUUGGCUUAACGACUGCUGUGUAAUAAAAAAACAAAACAAAAAGAAAAGAUGGUGAGAUUCAACUUUAGCUUUAUUGUGCUUUUGAACUGUUUUAACUUAAUAUGAGCUGCACACGCGUGUAAAGUCAGAGUGCGAUAGAGUGCCGUUAACCUCCUUGUAUGAAAAUGUUUUGAUGCUCACUUUUGCCUCCUUGUAUAUCCUUUUUAAAGAAAGUUUGGACAACAGAUAGUGAACCUAUUCUUUAUUUAACGAUUGCCUUUUUUUUUUUUUUACUGUAUUCUCAAUGUUUACACAACAUUCAGCUGCCCAGUGUUACAAACCACCUUUUGUGUGUUUGGUGCCAGAAAGCUUGUGCCCUUCACAUGAAUGUCCACUCUUUACUUUUGUCAUUUAAAUAUAAAAGCAUUGAUAUUUUAAAUAAUGGACUGCAUCACUUCAGCUAUACUGGACCCUCUUUUUUCCCCCACAGACCAUGCUUUCUUGAUUCUCCACUCUUUGAUAAAUAGUGUAAAAACUCCUACAACAAUCCUGUUUUACUUGAAUUUUCUUUGUUGUUUUGAACGGAGGUGUCCAGAAGAGCCAUGUUAGUGACUGUACUGUUACUCCAAAAAUAGCAAUCAUGCAGUGUCAUCCUCCACUCAAACUUCUGCUCUCUUGAGCUGCUUUUUCUACAUUAUUUCAUUUCCACCAGCAUCACAACCACAAAGACUUAACUUCUCCUCCAUGACAUUUAUUAUCCUCACUGCAUUUCCACUUCACCCUCUUCUGCAUUCAUCCCCCUUUCCACCAGGCUGUGCUGUUUCACUUUGUCAUCACAACAACACGCUGAUUGCUGGGAUCAACAUAGUGAUGCGCACCUUAAUGGAUGUAUUGAACAUGCACUUAAUACCCAACUGUGAGGGGGGGGAAUUAUGUAAGCUACUCUGAUGAUAUACGAAAGGAAGCAAUAUACUUAGGAUGUUUUUACUAUCGUCUUCUUCUGAUGCUGGUUUCUUAGAUUUUAGCUGAUGGCUGAUGAUGGCCCAGUAAGGACGUUCAGACUGUGAGGUACAAUCACCUGACUGUGGAGGCAAAUCCUGUGAGAACCCCCUCAGACUCCUCCCUUUGUACUUUGAAAACUGUGUUCGUAAAUAAAACUGUGGAGUAUUAUCAUUUUUAUGUUAAAAUAAAUUUUCUAAAUUUAA